UAUUGAUGUGAAUGAGUGCUGCUGUGAAGGGAUGGCCGACGCCUAUCAGUGACAAUGACUUGUUGUGCGCACUGACUGUCCACUGACUGUCCACCCAAUGGCACAGUUGGCCACCGAUGCCACCCAACAGUGAGUCACAGUGCGGGUCAGCCCACGUGUGAGAGUGCGAGUGAGUGAGUGGCCAGUGAUGGCAGUGGUGGGGCCGACGUGUCGGUCGGGAUCAGGUGUGGCCAUCGCCGCCGCAAACAAUAGACAUUCUGCGCAACACAUGAGCGCGUCGUCGACGGCGCACAACCACCACAACAACCCGUCGAUGGCGUCGAUGGUGGGGUCGGGCGUCGGGACGGCUGUCCACACACUCCAUACGCAACACAACGCUAUCUUAGCGGCCGCUCAACCCUUCUAUUCAAACAGCCAUUCCCUGAACACGCAGGACAUGCAACCCGACCGACCCAUCGGUUACGGGGCCUUCGGAGUGGUCUGGUCAGUAACGGAUCCACGCGAUGGCAAAAGAGUUGCGCUCAAGAAGAUGCCGAAUGUCUUCCAGAACCUGGUGUCCAGUAAACGGGUUUAUAGAGAGAUCAAAAUGCUUUGCUUUUUCAAACACGAAAACGUUCUUUCAGCGCUUGAUAUACUGCAACCGCCGCACAUCGACUUCUUCCAAGAGAUUUAUGUGAUAACAGAGUUAAUGCAAAGCGAUUUACAUAAGAUAAUCGUGUCGUCGCAACCCUUGACCUCAGAUCACGUCAAAGUAUUUCUCUAUCAAAUCCUUCGAGGACUCAAAUAUCUGCAUUCGGCGCGAAUACUACACCGGGAUAUCAAACCUGGAAAUCUAUUAGUUAAUAGUAAUUGUCUGCUCAAGAUUUGUGACUUCGGUUUAGCCCGAGUCGAGGAAAACGAUUCGUCAAAAUUGAUGACACAAGAAGUGGUUACGCAGUAUUACAGGGCACCUGAACUACUAAUGGGUGCCCGACACUACACCUCAUCCAUCGAUAUCUGGUCCGUCGGCUGUAUUUUUGCCGAACUCUUGGGCCGAAGAAUACUAUUUCAGGCGCAGACACCCAUUCAACAGUUGGAACUCAUAACAGACCUCUUGGGAACACCCGAGCCCUCAGAUAUGCGUUACGCGUGCGAAGGCGCCAGAAUACAUAUACAGCGCCGGCCCUGUAAGGCAUCAUCGCUGGCCUCGUUGUAUAACCUCUCGUCUCAGGCCAAUCACGAGGCCGUUCACCUAUUGUGUCAAAUGUUGGUCUUUAAUCCCGAUAAGCGAAUUAACUGCUCGAAUGCGUUGAGUCACCCGUAUCUGGAAGAGGGCCGACUCCGGUACCACUCGUGUAUGUGCCGGUGCUGUCAUUCCGUGGGCUCCAGUCGUCGAUACGUCACCGAUUUGGAGCCUUUGGCGCAAUCGGCCUUUGAUUAUAGUUUUGAGAAAGACUUGUCUUCUGUCCAUACGGUUAAAGGUGUGUUCACUUCGCGGACAAAACCAUUAGUGAAUGAAUUAACGGCUCUUUUUGUGUUGCCAUUUGCAGAACGACUCCACAAAUUAAUUCUCGAGAAGUGUUCGCUGUCUUCGCUCUCGAAUCGGGUGCCGCUCUGUAUUAACCCACACUCGGCUGCCUUUAAGAGUUUCGCGAGUUCGACUGUCGCUCAUCCAUCAGAAUUACCGCCUUCUCCUCAUUGCUGGGAAUGACUAUCAUUUCAAUAGUUUUCGUAAAUUUAAUUUUUAAUCAACAAUUGUGUGGCCAUUCUGUCGACCAUUGGCUUCGUUUGACUGCACCGCCGAAGAAGUCGUCUUCGGGAGAGCUGUCGUCGAAUUAGUUUUAUAUUUAUUUAUUUAAAACCCGAACCAAUCGGUGGACGAAUAGCGACGUCCUUUCGAAAGCACUUAAUAUUUAUCUUAAUUUUUAGACUUAAAUCCCAUGAAUAAUGUGUUUUUAUAUAUUUUAAUUGCAAUGACGAGCGAAUAAUGGGAAUCCGUUAUGGAUUGACAAUUAGUUUGUACAUAGUUUUUACCUCUCAAUCAAGUGAUUACUGAUUAGAUACCGAAGUUUUAAGUAAUUCUCGUAUGUAUUCCUAAACAUCCCUUUUUUAAUGUCUUAUUUGAAAAGAAAACUUUGAGUUAUAAUGAACUGAAACCACGGCUUCGAUUGAUUAUAACUUAAAGCCAUUUAAGUUGUGAUUAGUUUUGAAUGACAGCUGAUAAUGGCGUCUCGUUUGCUGCCGACUCCAAGAAUUGGUUCAUUUAAUGUCCACCGAUUGGAUGUCUAGUAUUCGAGAUGCCAUUUGAGCGAAACGUUUGACUUUAUUUUGAAAACCAAGUGUUGCCAUAAAGUAAUCGAAAAGUUUUUCCAAAGAUAUUCAGUUAUAGUCAAGGAUUGAGUAGUAAUUAACGGGAAAUUCGCUAUUGAUAUGUGCCUCAAACCAACAGAUGAUAUACGGGUUAUGCCUGUAAUCUCUGUGCGACUCAUCUUUUUUUAUAGCAGACAUACCAGACCUCUAAUGAUUGCAAUCAUAUGCAUAGAUCUCUGAUUACAAAUAGUCAUUCAUUUGUCAUCAAAACUCAUUUCAUUUCAUCACUAAAAACUACACUCUGAACUAAUCGUAAUAAUGGACUCAUUUUAUAGCAUUAAAAACAAUCAUUGUAUGAUAUUUUGGUCAUAACUUUUCAAUCAAUUGUUAGCCAUUGAAUGUGGAUUUCUUACGGCCACCCCACCCGUCAGUCCGUGUUUUGUGUUACCCCUCCAACACCUGUGACUGUAUUUACAAAUUAGUAAAUUCGAUAGCAAAUUGUUUUAUACAUACCUGUAAUAUCUAUACAUACAUAUAGCACCUGUAUCUCACAUACUGUGCCUCACAAUUCUGUCCAUAUUCUCGAUUUACUAAUUACUCGUAUUUACAAUCGAAAAGUGUAUUGAAUUGAAUUCAAACGAAACGUGUCCUAAAUCUAAACAUUUAGCGCUAAAUAAUUGUUUUGAUUGUAAUUUAAAUAUUUAGUUAAAUUAAUGUAAAAUACAGUGAAGUAAUGAAGUAUUCAAUUGAGAGACUGGUAUUGAGCUCUUGAGCGACAAACAAGCCGUACCACUGCCACUGCCACUACCGGCGCGACCACUGACUUAACCAUUGGUGUCGCCCCGUAAUUAUGAUUAUCGAUGUGUUCUGAAGCUUAGUAUUGGUUCACGAUUUACUGAUUAUUAUAAAACUUUAAUGGGAUUAGUGUUUGGUCUGUAAUGUAUCGAUGAAAUGGGUUUUCAUGUCUUACCAUUCGUUUGCGGAUAUAAUCGGCAAAAAUAUUCAUAGAUUUCCAGUUAAACAAUAUUUUCAUCAAAUUUUUGCUCAUAAUUACCAUUCAAUUGUAUAUCACUUUUUUACGAUAAUAAAUAAAUUUAUAAAUUUCAAACAAAAACAA